UUUGUGAGGCCUGAGUUGCUGAUGGCGGGACGGAUGAAUUUUCUCGGAGUUUCUCUGUUCAAAGGCUGCCGCGCAUCGCUCACUUUAGCGGCUUGUUUCUUUUUAACCAUGCGGGUCUGUGUGAUGGCGUCAGGAGAAAACGGGAAAAUUGUCUACAUUGUAGAAGACAAAACCUACUGUUUCAAUGCACAGAAGAGCUUUUGCUUUAAGAAUGUAAUGCUACCUGGAUGGAGAGAGAUUUGGACUCGGAUUCAGAUCCGAGUGAACAGCUCUGAGAAAUUUAAAGUAAAGCAAGUAGAUGAUGAAAAGGAGCUAGAAAUUGCAGGGGUGUGGAGUUGGAUUGUGGAAUCGACAGCAUCCAUGUUAAAGGAAAAAGUGAAUGAAACUUACAUUAACGUUGAUCUUUUCAGCAACAAAACCUGCUUCAAAGUGGAACCAAGCAACACAGAGGCUCAGUAUGACGUUCUAUUGACAAAACGUUUUGAUCCACAGCUGAUCCUUAUCUUCACUUUUGGGCUCCUGCUGUUUUUCUAUUCUGAGACCUUAAGCAGAAGUCAGAUUUUCUUCUAUACAACAGGAAUGGGUAUUGGAGUUUUGGCUUCACUCAUCAUUCUCGUCUUUGUUCUCGCUCGUUUAUUCCCCAAGAAAAGUUCUCUCUACUUGCUGAUGGCAGGUGGUUGGUCUGUGUCUCUGUAUCUGAUCCAAGUGACACUAAGGAAUUUACGUUUUCUGCUAAGAGAGUGUUGGCAGUAUGUUUUAGGUUAUGUGACAAUAUCUGCCAUCAUCAGUUUUGCUGUCUGCUACAAGUAUGGCCCACUGGAGGAGGACAGAAGUGUCAAUCUUCUAAACUGGGCCCUACAACUCAUUGGACUGUUACUAAUCUAUUUUGGUGUCCAAGUACGACAAGUUGCUCUGGCACUCAUCAUUGUAGCUUUCUGCAUCAAGAACCUAGAGCGCCCACUUAGGUGGACGUACACUGCGUACAAACAAGUGUUCAAGGUAAGAGACAAACCAAAGCCCCGAAAGCUUCUAACUGAGGAGGAAUAUCAGAGGCAAGGAGAAGUAGAAACACACAAAGCCCUGGUGGAGCUGCAGCAGUACUGUAGAAGCCCUGAAUUCAAUGCGUGGAAAAUGGUGUCCAGACUUUCAACACCAAAGAGAUUUGCUGACUUUGUUGAAGGGGAGUCUCAUCUCAAUCCAAAUGAAAUUUCUGUUCAUGAACAAGAAUACGGAUUAGGUGGAUUGUUUUUAGAAGAUGAAAUUUAUGACAAUGGUUUCGAUGACUACGAAUCUUGAGACCGGGCUUCGAUAGUAAAUGUUCCCCUAUCUGAGUGGUCUGCGCGUCAAGACCAAGCCCGCUUCCAUAAAGGAAGAAGCUGUUUGUGCUGCUUCAUGCUCGACUUGUCCUUUGAACUACUGAAAUGAUCAAAAAGACAAAAAUUGUGAAAGUAUAAUCAACAAAUGGGCUGUGACCGAACUGGACUGGAUUAGAAAUACUGGAACUGAUGUUCUAUGUGCAGCAUGUUUGGAUUAAGUUUGCAAAAAUACUGUAAAAGGUUUGGUGUAGUGUCCCUGAAUUUAGUCUCUUCUCAGGUGUUCAUAUUUUUAUUUUAUAUUUUUAAUGAUUUUACUGACCAUCCUUGACUAUUGAAAAUUGGUCUGUUACUGGUGCACUGCUUUGAAUUCAAGGAAGCCAAAAGACACAAUUACACUCUGGAAGCAAUAGUUGCUAUGAUUAUAGGGGUGGGGAACAAAGACCACAAGUAGCAGUUUUGAAUUCUCUUGAACAGAGAAAUCAGUGGUCUUUCAAAAGUUUUAAACUUUUUUUGUCAUCUAAAUUUAGCUUCCAUAAAAUAAAUUUUACUUUGAAACACUGGCAGCACCACUCUUUCUCCAUUUACCACUUAUCAGUGGAGCAGUUGGAUACAGAUUGCGUAAGCUUCAUCAAUUAAAUAACUCUGCAUGUACACUGGAGGCAUAUUUUGGCAGCUCAAUUGUUAUCAUUUUGAAUUUUUUGUGAACUAUUUGCUAUUUUUUUAAUGUUUCUUACUGUGAGCUUUAUACAAAAUGUGUCUAUUUAACUGAGAAUGUAAAAGAUAACUGCAGAGUGGUGUAUUCAAUCAGAUUAUAAUUUAUACACUUGCAAAGUACACCUUCUUCAUCAGAGCUCCUUUUUCAAAACCUGAAGCAGUACAGUACAAGGAAUUGUGACAAGUUUUUGUCUUUUUCUUGUAGCAAUUCAUAUUUUUAGGAGUUUUGAUCACAUGCUGGGAGUCCUCUGCUGGAAAUCUUCCUUUGCCUGAUGCUGCACGGUUAGAUUUAAUUUUUUUUUAAAAAGUCAACUAUCUUUAGCUGGAUGAUAAUAUCUACCAUUCUUAGCCUCAUAGCAAGUUGAGUCCAGUAACUUUUUUUCAAAAAAAAAAUUCUUUUACUGGAUAUGCUCUGUCACGGGAUGCAACAUUGCUGGCAAGGUCAGAAUUUGUUGUCCUUGAAGUUGGUGGUGAGCAGCUGUCUUGAACCAUCCGGUGUAGCAGUACAUAACCCUGGACAUUCCUCCCCAGUAAUACAGUGCUCCCAUAAUAGUGAAGAAACAGCAAUACAGUUCCAAGUAAGAAUGGUGUGAGACUAGGAGAAAACGUGCUGUUGGUGUUUCCAUGCAUCAUUAGUCCUUUGUCCUUCAAGGUGGUAGAGGGCACAUGUUUAGAAGGUUUUGUCAAAGGAAUCUUGGUGAGUUGUUAUAGUGUAUUUUGAAGAUGCUGUGUGCCACUACUGUCUUUUGGUAUUGUAGGUGGUGGAUGGGGUGUCAAUCAACUGUCUGUUUCGUCCUGCAUGGUCUCAAAGAAGAAUAUUUAAAUUUGAGAUGGAGUAAUGAUCAAUGGCUGCUUUUGUCUUAAAUUUUUGGGUGUGGGUUUACCUACACUGAAUGGAUUUCAACGGUUCAUGAAAGCAGCUCAGCAUUACCUCGAUGGGUAAUAAAUGUGACCCAGUCAGCAAAGCCCACAUCCCAUGAAAGUCAAAUAUCUGGUUUGAGGCUAUGCUCAUCCAGGGAAAUACUGUUUCUUCACACUGCUGACUUGUGCCACAUAGACAAUGGACAGGUUUUGGGAGAUGAGUUACUUUAAGAGCUCCCAAUCUCUCCUCUAUUCUUGUAACCAGAAU